GGUUUGAUUUGCAUUUUUCCUGAUGAUGGGUGCUGUUUCCGUGUGCUUAUUGGUCAUUUCUGUAUCUUCUUUGGAGAAAUGUCUACCCAAGUCUUUGGACCAUUUCUUAAUUGGAUUUUUUGUUGUUUUUUUCGUUGUCGCGUUUCCUUCUCUAUUCUGGAUAUCAGCCCCUCAUCAGAUACGUGACGUGCAAAUAUUUUCUCCCAUUUUGCGGAUUCCAUCUUCAUUCUGUCGAAUGUCUUUUGACGCACGGGAGCCAGGUUUAGGGGCACACCUGGGAGUUCUCCAGGCAGAGGCACAGCGAGGGUAGAGGCACCGGUGCCGGAGUGGGUGUGCCAUAUGCACAGUGUGAGAACAGCACCUGCAUUAAAAAUGCCCAUUUGCAAGCCCUCUUGGAGGAAGUGUUAUGAAAAGACAAGAAACCUGUGAGAUAUUUAAGGGUUAAAGAGGUGGAGGGAAGACAGAGCUUGUGCAAAGUUUCCAGAUGGCCCACAAAGCACUAGAAGAUGUUACAUGUAAGCUAAGUGUCCCUGCUCCUGCCGACUUCUCUUUACAUGAAAGCGUGAAAAAAUAAAAACUAAAGAUAUGGCAAGCACAGGUCUUUCAGAAGGCUCUCCAGGGAAAUGGCAUUUUAGGAAUUACUUUACCCUUAAUAAUGCUCCCAGCACGCUCCAGUUGCCAGUGCCUGGGGACUGUAGUGAGCCCAAGGACCCAGAAGCACACCGAGCCUUCGGGAGGUCGACGACAGGACCUACAGGAAGUAGGCAUCGACUAUAAGACGACCACUAUCCUGCUGGAUGGACGGCGGGUCAAGCUGGAACUCUGGGACACAUCGGGCCAGGGCAGGUUCUGCACCAUCUUCCGGUCCUACUCCAGGGGCGCGCAGGGGAUCCUCCUGGUGUAUGACAUCACCAACCGCUGGUCCUUUGACGGCAUCGACCGGUGGAUCAAGGAGAUUGAUGAGCAUGCACCCGGGGUCCCCCGGAUCCUGGUUGGGAACCGGCUACACCUGGCCUUCAAGCGGCAAGUUCCAACAGAGCAGGCACGCGCCUAUGCAGAGAAGAAUGGCAUGACUUUCUUCGAGGUCAGCCCUCUGUGCAACUUCAAUGUCAUUGAGUCCUUCACGGAGCUGUCCCGCAUCGUGCUUAUGAGGCACGGCAUGGAGAAGAUCUGGAGGCCCAACCGAGUGUUCAGCCUGCAGGACCUGUGCUGCCGGGCCAUCGUCUCCUGCACCCCGGUGCACCUCAUCGACAAGCUCCCGCUGCCGGUCACCAUCAAGAGCCAUCUCAAGUCCUUCUCGAUGGCCAACGGCAUGAACGCCGUCAUGAUGCACGGGCGCUCCUACUCGCUGGCCAGUGGGGCGGGCGGGGGCAGCAGCAAGGGCAACAGUCUCAAGAGGUCCAAGUCCAUCCGCCCCCCGCAGAGCCCGCCCCAGAACUGCUCAAGGAGCAACUGCAAGAUCUCCUAGCAGGACGGGCCGGGCGCCACCCCGUCCAGUUCGCUCCGGGAGGGCUCACGCUUGGGGAGCGUCUCUGGCCGGGUGCUGGGCCUGGCGCUGUGUGCAGGGAAGGCUUUGACCUCACCGCCUCCUGGGAAGCGUGGGGGCUCACUGCGCGGGCAGUGGUCUGGGCCAGAGAAGCUCCGCGGGACCGGAGAGGGCUGCGGGGAUCUUGGCGGAACGAGCCCGGGACCCUGCGGUGCCAUGCGGCUGGGAAGUGCCCGGGAGGCAGCUCUGCCCGGCCCGGCCUCAAGGGGGCGGUCCUUGGGGACCCAGGAGGCCUGGCUCCCUUUCUUAUUUAUGUGGAAGAUGUUCACCUUUCUGUACAUUUUUAAAGGACGGGCAGGGAGGCCUUUGGUGCAGCCACACGUGAGCCCCUGUCAGCUGUGGGGUCGAGCUUCGGGACCUUGGGAGAGGGAGGGGAUUUGAGGCAAAGACGAGGAGGAACCUCCAAGACUUCACCCUUUGAGUUCAGACACUUCACAUGGGGUGUGGGCUGUGCAGAGACCAUAGGGGACAGGUGGGAGCUUUGGGCAGGGCUCUAGGGCCCGGGGCUGCCUCCGCCAGCCUGAGCACGGGGCUCCUUGUGCCCCCCCAAGGGGCUGGGCAGCCCGCGUGGCUCCGGCGGUCUGAAUGGUGCGGCCACACCUUCCUGGGUGACAUCCUGCGCGUCUCAGAUGGGCUCAGAGCUGGGGGCAAUUUCCUGGGUUCCCCAAGGGAAUGUUGGGGCUUCUCAGAGGGGAUAGUGGGAUGCACUCCCCCCGUGUCCCUCCACGUGUGGGGGCAAACAGCCUCCCCCUUGACUCUGCACCUUCCCUUCCGGUCAUAUCUCUGUCUGUCGCUCCAUGAAACCGGCUCAGCAUCUCCCGUGAGAAGACGCCGAGAUCCUCAGGGGGGCUGCCAGGUGCCCUGCGGGUCUGGACUGAUCUGCCUGUUUGUCUCCUGGGGCACCUGGCCUCCACUCUUGCCACCUUCCGUCUGCUGGCCUCGGGUGUGACCCCACAGCUGCUCCUGGCCUGGCGUCACCCCUCGGGGUCACACGUCACCAGAACCGUUCUGACCCAGAUUUUCUUAGUGAUGCUGCCUGGAGUGGUCCCGGCAGCAGAGACACCGAGCCUCUCCUGGAGAACCCGCCAGCCAGCCUCCUCCUGCCACCUGGUUGGUGACACGGCCACCGGGUCACACUGGUGCUCAGCUCUACCUCCCACUCACGGCCCCGUCCUGGGCUCUGGGACUCUCCUGUCCUGGGUGUCCGGGAGGCAGGGUGGGGGCCGUGGCCCGGGUGUGCAGGGGCACCCAGGGUCCCCGUGUGAGGCCUGGCCUCAGCAGGGUCAGGCAGAGGAGGCCACACCCAUCCUGUCUUGCCUGUCAGGCCCCUUUCUUCAGACUUUGAACCCCGUCACACAGACCGUGUUUUGAGGACGUGGACAGUCCUACGUUCACCUUACCAACACUACUUUUCGCUGCUGACACACCAUUCCUGUGCUCAUUUUGGACGGUUUUUGUUUCUUUGUACAGUAAACCUAAUUCAGCUCUGAUUUUCAGGCUGCGUUUUAUAGAAAUUAAAGCCUCUGGUUUUAACUGG